AUGUGGUCCAUUGCUGUAGGGUUUUCAUCUAAUGGUGAAGGCAAAACCAGUGUUGUUGCUGGGAUUGUUUCCUCACCAACACUGAACCUGUCGGAGUCAAUUGCUGAGGAUAUAAAUGGUGAAGGUGUUGGUGUUGAUAGUAUGGACGAUAUUGCUAAUGCUUUGUGGGAUGGUAUUGAUGACAUUGAGAUGAAGAAGUUUCAUUUUCCCAAUCGCCAGGUAGCAUAUGAGUUCUACAACUUGUAUGCUAGAGUGAAAGGCUUCUCAGUGCGGAAAAGCAAGGUUUUCAGAAUCAAGAAAGGUGAAAUUGUGCGGCAAGACUUUGUGUGUCACAAGGAGGGUUUCCGUGAAGAGAAAAACAGAAUGAGGGAAAAUCGUCAGCGUGAAACUAAGGUUGAGACCAGGUGUGGAUGUUGUGCAAAAAUGAGAAUUCGUUUGGUGGGUGAUAGUGGUAGGUGGCAUGUGGCAUUAUUUUCAGAUUGUCACAAUCAUGCAAUGUUAGAGGGAAAGCAGUCAGCCAUGUUACCGGCACAUCGUAAGUUAAAAGAAGGGGAUAUAUUGGGAUUGAAUAGCAUGCGGAAAGCUGGGAUUAGUACGACACAGAUAUACAAUUUUUUUGCUGACCAAUCAGGGGGUUUUGACAAAACCAAUUUUCUCAAGGUUGACAUGAAAAAUCAAAUGACCAAACAGAAACAAAAGGAGCAUUGUGAUGCAAAAGCUGUUUUGGUGUAUCUGAAGGGGCUUGGUUCAGGUGAUCCCGGAAUGUUUUGGUCCCACCAUGCUGAUGAAGAAGGCAAGUUGAAACAACUGUUUUGGGCUGAUGGUAUUAGUCGAAUGGAUUUUCAAGUGUUUGGGGAAGUCCUAGCCUUUGAUGCAACAUACAGGAAGAAUAAAUAUGGUUGCCCUAUUGUUGUUCUUGUCGGAGUUAACCAUCAUUGCCAGACUAUUGUGUUCGGAACAACAAUUUUGACAAAUGAAAAAGAGGAAAGCUAUGUGUGGGUUCUUGAGCAAUUUAUGGCAGCAAUGAAGGGUAAGGAACCAAGUGCAGUUAUAACUGACGGUGCUCCUGCAAUGCGGAAUGCUAUUACUAGAAUUUUACCUAGAGCUCAUCAUCGUUUGUGUGCUUGGCACCUUUUACAAAAUGCACAAAUAAAUGUGGGUGACCCGAAUUUUGUGAAAGGAUUUAAGAGCUGCAUGUUGGGGAAUCUAAGUGUUGGGCACUUCAAAAAAAAAUGGGCACAAUUGGUUAGCGAUCUGAACCUCGAGGACAAUCCAUGGGUUCAAGGGUUGUACGAGAAGAGGCACAUGUGGGCUACAUGUUUGAUGAGGGGAAAGUUCUUUGCCGGUUUUCGAACAACAUCUCGCUGCGAAGGUAUGCAUUCACAAAUUGGUCGCAUUGUUCGAUCCCGAAAUAGCCUUCUUGAGUUUGUUCAGUAUUUUGAGCGGUAUGUGAAUUACAUGCGAUGGACUGAGGUUGAUGCGGACUACAAGUCAGUCGUAGGAGAUGCUGUGCCUAAGACUAAUGUGAGAGCACUUGAAAAAUGUGCUGCAAAUGUAUAUACUAGGACUGUUUUCCUAAAGUUCAGACCAUGGCUGAACAGUGGUAGUGUAAUUAAAGUUGCUGCCAUUAAGGAAAAAUCCUCAUGUAUGAUAUAUUCCAUGUACAAGUAUUGUAAACCCGAUAAGUUGUGGCAUGUCGCACAUGAUGUACAAUUGUCUACGUUUAGAUGUUCAUGUCAGCGGAUGGAGACAUUUGGGCUUCCUUGUGAUCAUAUCAUUGGUUUGUUGGUUCACUUGGACAUUGAUGUGAUCCCUGAGAGUUUAAUAUUACAGAGGUGGUGUAAGUCAGCAAAGGAUUGUAUGAAAGAUAAUAGUGAAUCCUCCUACAAAUUCUGGGAAUCAACAAUUCUGGAAGACUACUUGGACACUGUUGAUGUAAUGGCAAAGCAUGUUAUGAAACUUAAGGCAAAAAUGGAGGCAGCCCUUGGAACUGGUGUUGAGAACCUUGAUGAAGAUGUUGAUAAUGUAAAAAAUCCUGCUGUCAUAAUGAGCAAGGGAUGCGGUGGAACCUCAAAUGUGAAUGGAAGCAAGGGGAAAAGGAAGUGCACAGUUUGUAAGGUUGAAGGCCAUAACAAGACAACAUGCCCCCAGAACAAACGAGCCAAAGUUAGUAAUGAAGCAGCUGUAGAUUCUAAUGCCUCCUUUUUUUGA